AUGGAGAAGACAGCAGAGGAGCCUUUAAAUGUGCCUCCUUCGAGGAAAGCCUUGGGUGUUUCUGAUAACCACAAACUAUGGAUUGUCGUUCUUCUCCUAAUAUGCAAUGUGCUAUCUGAGGUGGCUCUUCUCCAGCCCUACCUUAUAGAGCUCCAGAAACCAGGAGAAUUAUCAAACUCGAAUUCUCUCUUUUUGUGGUUUUUGCUCUACGGCAUGUGUGGCUGUUGUUUGGGAAAUCAAUACGGCUUUCUGGUCAUUACCAGUGUGGGGUUAGUGCUAUCGGCAUUUUGGGCUGUUUCUGAGGGCCUUGAAAAGUCCAAUUGUGACUUGCUCUUGAAGCCAAGUCUACGUACUGUAGGAGCCUCAUUUGUGUUUUCCAACUGCAAGUUUGCCUACGACAUCUUCAAGUCCAAAUCUGCUGGAGGCUAUCUAUAUGGCGGUUCGUACCUUUUCGGUCUAGUACUAGCCAUUGGUGCUACAAAAGUCGAGGAAGUUCCCUGGAUCUACAUUCUUUUCAGCACCUUCUGUUUUGCUGCUUCAAUUGCCGUGUUUUUCACCGUUCCCAACCACAGACUCCUGCUGAAACCGCCUUCGGUGGUGAAAAAGUCGCUUGGAGUUUUGGUGUUGGUGUUAUUGCAGCUAUUUUGGGAGUAUUUCUCGUUGGAUGAGCAGGAUGUCGUUUAUUUUGCCAGAGGAAUUGGUACAGCUGCUGCCGCCCUUGGGUGUGUUUGGUGGGUGGCUCAAUAG